CAACAACAACAACAACACAUUUUGUUUUUUCUUCAACAUGAAUUAUUGCCGUAUUAUUUCUUGACAUUUAUGUGAGGACGCCGACACAAUCUGAUCUAGUUUGAGGAAUGGAUUCUUUGAAAUGGCAGCCGGGGCAGGUGCUGAAGAUGGAGAAAUUAGAGAGGUGUUUACUGGGAUCAGAUGAGAUUCAAGUACCUGAGUGUCUGUUAGAACAAAAACAUAUAUUUCACAGUGUAAUGAGUCAGGAAACAUGGAACAAAGUCCUUACUGAAUCUCAGAGACAACAUCUCAUGACAUUUUUACCAAAAUUUCCAGAGAAAGAAAAUGAGGAAAGGAGGGAUACCCUAAGGAAACUUUUUAAUGGAGACAACUUUAAAUUUGGUAACCCAUUACAAAAGUUCCAGUAUCAUCUUAAAGAUGGAAGCUAUUCCCCAGAUAUUGCUAAGUACACUAGUAUGAUUAGGAGGAUGAAGCAUCAGGAGUAUAGGAACAAACAGAAAAGAUAUUAUCACAAUCUGCUUAAAGAAAUAUUGCUUUCUAGACAGAGAGUGUUUGAUCAGCUAGCAGAGCUACCACCGGAUGAACCAAUCAAGUUUGAGUAUGAGCCUCCAAAACAAGUCAAAGAAAAUCCAAUUAAGCAGAGGGUACAGAGGAAAUACAAAAGGUACUUGGAAGAAGUGAGGAAGGAAUCUGGAGCAGGUGAUAUAUCUUCAGAUGAUGAUGAUGGAAGUCCAGUGGACAGAAGUAAACAACAGUUGUUCAAGUCCCUGAACCCAGUUCCCUCCCCAGAACCAGUGACACCUAGCGUUCAUUCUACAUACGCAGCUAAACUAGAAUAUGUAAAUGGUGAUUUAGACACACCAGCUGCCACAUUAAAAAGACCACGCCCUAUAUCUCCAGCAGAAAUAACUGAGGACACCUACAGGGAAAUGUUGGUCAAACACAGGAGAAGACAACUCUAUGAUGAUUAUGAUGAAGAGGAGCAUCCUGAAUACAACACACAGAAUAUAAGCUUACAGGACGUGAUGGCCAGAUGUCAGGCGAGUAGAAAAGGUGGCAUAGAACCAGAUGAUGAUGAGCUAGAGUUUUCAUCAAUGUCACCAGCAAAGGGGAAAAUAAAAAAGGAAAAGCCAGAAAAGCGUGUACGUAAGAAAACGGCAAAGAAAAUACGUGACAUGGAUUUCUCUGCUGCGUCAUCGGCUGGGGGCAUGGGAGAUGAAGAUGAUGAUGAAAGUAGAACGAAUGUCAGUAUUGAUAUAACAGAAGAUGAUACCAGCACUGUAGACCAGUUUCCUAUACA